UUUCUCAAUGUACAAAAGCUCAAUAUGAAUUAGAAGAUAUGAUACAACAGGAAGACGGGGAAGAAAUAGAAACAGAAACUGUUAUAGAAGAAGAAAGUGAAUUAUUUACAGAACAAUUAGGCAGAUUAAAUUUAAGUAACAAUCAAGAAAUAGAAGACAAUGAGGAAAAUAUAGAGCUAUUAUUUUUGUCAAGAACAAAAUGUCAUACUCAUACAAGUUUUCAAUUAAACUUACUAAAUGAAGACUCAACAGAUGAAAACUUAACAGAUAACAGUAGUAAUGAAGAGUUUGAAGAAUUAAAUAAAGAAUUAAAUAAAAAAUUAGUUAAGCAAUUUAAUAAUGAAUCAGGUGAAAAAUCAGUUGAAGAAGUUGCAGAAUUAGAUAAAAGAUCAACAAAAACAUCAACGGAAGAAUCAGCUGAUGAAUGA